AUAUUAAUGAGCGCUGUGAUAAGACAGCUGAAAUCCGUGGCGGGAUGCAGGCGCUGGCUGAUGUUCGUCACCCCAGCUAUCCACAUGUGUUAACAGUCUACCCAUCUCUCUGAUUGCUAGCAUUCGCUCUUUUGACAACCUAAAAAAAAAAAAAUUAAACCUACUCGUGAGCAAAUAAAUAAAUAACCUAUUAAAAAAAACAACAACUCAUAUUCUGGGAGAUAUUCUUUAGCCGGCUGAAAGCUAAUACAAGAGAAGAAAUAUAAGAGAAAACAAAACGCGUGCUUUAUAAUGUGUCUGUUUUUAGAGAGUUUAAGUUAACAAGCAGAAGGUAAAGCCGUGUUGAGUAGUGCAGACCUACGCGCGAGCUGCAAGUGUGAGCUGGUAACUAACCAAAAAAAAAUCUUGCCUGGAGGUGAAGCCAGGAAACGUUCAUGCAUUUAGCGCUCAUAUUGAGAGCCUGUUUGUUCUGAGUUUAAAUCACUGAACACCCAGGAGGAUCAAGUCUGGUGUUUUAGAUUUUCUGUUCUAUUCCAGCGAUGAUCUACCCUUCAGGGGAGAUAGUGCAAUGGCAUUAGUUCUUGUGUGAUGGUUUUCUUCAAACACUUGGAGCAGGCUACUUUCCUAUCACUGCAAGGAGGACGGUCCAGUGUGUCGUAUGGUCAAGCUCGUAACGACCAAAACAUGGACAAAAGUCGCGAACCCGUUUCAUAUUCUUUGUGCUUCAAGGUGAGGAGUUUGUCUGCUUAGAUUAUCUGGACAAGAACUCACGAAGCUGUGGGGGACGGAUUCUGCUAAUUCCAAGGUUAGUCGACGAAGUUCUUCUAGUCACUUCAGCAGACUUGUCGGCCUGCGCCUCACUUGCCGAGUUCACCUUCUCAAACCCCCCCUUCCUCGACUUCUACCUUCGCCCCGUGAAUGAUCAGCACGGACAGACUGAACAUGUCUUACGGCCACCUGGCAGCGGCGUUUCCUGUGGGGUCCCCAGGGCUACCUACUCCGCCACAGGUCAACGGAAGCCCUUCGCCGCCUACGUCUACGGCUAGAACUGGAACAGGAGCGUCCAGUGGAGGUGCAGUAGGCAGCACAGGGACACAACAUUGCUGUGAGAACGGCAGACCGGUAAUGACCGACCCUCACACCGGACAGAGCGUCUGCUCCUGCCAGUACAGUUCUGCCUUACUCUCGUCUUACUCACGACUUCCACUAACUUCAAAUCUAUUCGGGCCCGGGGGCUCGUAUUCAGCGGGAUCGCAAUCGCCGUACAUGCCACUCGGAGCAGAAGGCUCGGCUUUCUACACACCAUUGGGUGCCAAUGGCAGUAAUAUAAGAGACGGAAGUGACGCCUGGCGAUCACUGACACAGCCAUCUCUCUACGACACAUCCGCUAUGGGAUUUUAUCCUUACGGCCCGGGAUAUGGCGGAUUAGACCUGAACGCCCGGCGGAAGAAUGCUACAAGGGAGAGCACUAACACUCUCAAGGCCUGGCUGCAGGAACACAUCAAGAACCCGUACCCAACAAAGGGAGAGAAGAUUAUGUUGGCUAUUAUCACCAAAAUGACAUUGACGCAGGUGUCCACUUGGUUCGCCAACGCCAGGCGUCGCCUUAAGAAAGAGAACAAGAUGACCUGGUCCCCCAGGAACAGAAGCGAGGAUGGAGACGACGAUGACGACGACGAUAACUCUGACUGCGGCGAUGACAAGAAAAACCACAACAACAACAAUAAAGAGCACAACAAAGACGAACACAUUGAUGUUGGGACAGACUGCAGUGAACCGUCGAAACAUGCCGACAAACGAGCAGACGCCAAAACCAAGGCGCACGACAGCGAGGUCAGCCACUGUCGGCUUUCUCCGGAACUUCCUCGAGGUCCUGCCUACAUCGCGGGCGACCACUCACAAGUGGACUUGGACGCCGGGAAGCCCAAAAUCUGGUCGGUCACCGACUUUCUCAGCUCCGGCCAGCACAACCCGAAAGAUGCCCUGGGUCUGAGCUUCGGCAAGAUGGAUGGAAUGAAAGGCAGUUCGGCAGACCCAGGUGGCAUGUCCCUUCAGGACGCCUCCAGAUCCAACGCCAUGUCUGGAAGAACGCCUGUGGCUCCCAACGGACUUUCACCCGUGUCCUCCGCCCAGUCUCAUCACAUAUCAGCGUAUCAGACGCCCUUAGGCUACGGAGGGGGCUCGUAUCCUUACUCCCUGUCUUCGUAUGGCGGCGGAAAGUUAUUGAGACCGUCCGUCUCCUCUGCUGUGUCUCGUUUCAAUCCUUUCCCCCCUGUUCGAUCUCUCGGAAUGGACUCUCCAUACAUCAGCAGACGUGACGUAGGUCUUGCUCGUGAAGGAGAAUAGAACAUCAUUGUUUGGUGUAAUGGAAAAUUACAAACGGUUGAAACGAAACAAAAAACACAAUUCAGUUAUCUGCUUUACCCGGAUAUAGAUGGCGCUUUUCAGCGCACCUAAAUUUUAGCAGGACAAUAAGAAGGAACAAUUAGGAUCUCUCACAAAUAAUUUACAACAGAUUAUAUCAUAACAAUAAAAAAAAUAAAACAAUGCCGCUAAUGGCGGGGAAGUACGAACACACGCACACUGAAAGUGUAUUGUGCUGAUGCAAAUACAUUACAUAAUUAGAAAACGAACGAAACAAAUUGAUUGCCUGGGUCAAAACCCGCACUAAUGAAAGAUAAUUCCACACAGAAAGAUACUCCCGUGCAUAUUAAUCGAUCACACGCGAGAUAAUAAUUGCUGCAUUGUAAUGGUGUUGGCCGAAGCUUAGAAGCAUAAAGCUAUACGAUCCCGUAGACACUGUCCAUUGUGGUCUCUACAUGAGCAAAGCAACAAGAAGGGAAGACAAAACAAAAACUUCAAAUUAAAUAAACAAUGCUACACUCAAACAUGAUACAUCCAUACAGGAUACACUCAAACAUGAUACAUCCAUACAGGAUACACUCAAACAUGAUACAUCCAUACAGGAUAAACCCAAACAUGAUACAAACAGUCGCGCAUGCAGAAUUUGUGUGUGUUUUUCAUGAUUUUCCAAUCUACGGGAAAGCGGGCCUGACCAAAUAAAUAAAAAAUAGUAGACUUAAGUUUACCUGCUGUGACGUCAGUGUGCCAUUUGAAAAAAAAAUGGUUUGUGUAGAGCAACUCAUUACAAUGUGAAGCUGUGGCUAUAAAUAGCUUAUGAAUAAACAUUGCUUGAUACUCUGAAGAAAAAAAAAACAAUAAUGUUUGACUGUGCAAUCCUAGAAUUAACGAGAAUACUAUUUUAUGACGUCAUUUCCUGUAUUCAAUUAUUUUUUGUGUUUGAUAUUCCCACCAACAAUUGUACAGCUGCUCAAGUAAUUAGUCCCUCAACCAUUAGUCCGCUGGGGAUCGAACCUGUUCCCUAAGGAAGAAAAUGUCCCCCCCCCUCCUUUUUCAACGCCCUGCUGCAUUCAUUUUCGUACCCCCCCCCCCUUUUUUUCUUUGUUCCAAACAGCAUGUACAUAGAUACAUUUGUAUUUUUUUAAAUUUAAUUUUAGCUUGCUUUCAGUUUUCCAUCAUCUAGUCGGACUGUACAGUUGAUAUUGAUUCAUUCGUCUUGUUCUAGAGUUGCCUCCAGUGCGUGAUUACUUCAGUGUUGUUUCUGUUAGUUGGCUAGGGUUUGGUUCGACUAGUUUCGCGCCAUUUCUUUGGUUUUCAAAAGCAAACGAUCAAGAGAGAGAGAGAGAGAAAACAGUUUUAAAACAAAGAAAAAAGAUAAACGAGAUUUAAUGUCAACCGGAAAGGCUGACAAAAAAUUGAGAGAGAGAGAGAGAGAGAGAGAGAGAGAGAGAGAGAAGAGAGAGAGAGCGGUAUGUGAGAGAGAGAGAGAGAGAGAGAGAGAGAGGUAUGUGAGAGAGAGAGAGAGAGGUAUGUGUGAGAGAGAGAGAGAUGUACUGUAAAGAGUUACUUUAACAUUGUAAAUUAACCCUGUACAGAUCACGAGAAGUGAAUAACUUUGCAAUAAAGAAAUGUAUUUCUGUAUUAUUAUUGUUGUAGGGUACGGUCUGGUAAGUGAAUUCUCUGACUUAGCCUCAAACAUUGUUAUUCUGUUGUAGCCAGCAUGAUAGAUACAUCGUACUUAAUAUGAGAGGAUUGAAAUAUACCAUAUGUACUGGAGUCUUAAAAAAAAAAAUUAUGACCACACCAUGGUGUUAAAAAAAGGUUGGCCUAUUUACAUUUUUUAAAAUAUAUAUUUAUUUAUUGGGAAAAAAAAGUGAAGAAGAAAUGAAUCAAUAACAGAUAUUUUAAAUAUUGAGCUUAAAGAAAAUCAUUGUUCAAUAUCUUACGAUAAUUCGUAUUGAUAAAUAAAAAUUUCUGACUUUGAAAUCUUGACGUCAUUAACAAGAUCAACAAAAACGUUGGGUGGUGGGGUGGAAAUUUCUGCUAUUAAUCUGUAUGCAGAUUAUAAAUACCAACUUUAUUGCCUUAAUUCAAGAUUUUUGGUUAGGUUGAAAUGUGACGAAAAUUGCAUAGAGUGCGGGAGGAAGUAAGAGUCUGUAGUGUCCUGAUCUUUUUUUUUUUAGCUAUCAUAACAAACAAAUUAUUUUCCGUCAAGACUUCAACUUGAUAAUGUUGCAAAUAAAAUGAUUAAAUAUGUAAGAAUUUAUUACAAUUAAAACAUUAUACGGUCGCACCAGAGGCGUAGUGAGUCACACACACACACACAUGACGUUGAGUUCCUUGACUCUGCGUUGCUUUGACUGUUGAGUCCAUCACUGUAUUGGUUUUGUUCGUGAGAAACUGAUGACCGUUUCGCUUUUUGGUGUAUGAAAUUGCUUUGAUUGCAACCACGUAGGUUGUGAAUGAAUGAUUUUAUUUUUUGAGAUUGAACUAUUGCAACACAAUCAGUUGAUUUUGCAACUAUAUAUUUCAUGCCACCAAUUAAACGAUGGUUUCAUGUUAUUUUUUUUCCCCUUUCUUGUGGUGUUGACGUUAGUGUCAUGUUUUAAUUUGUUUAUAUCUGACUUUUAAAUGUAGGAUUGUAUAGAUGUGGUUGUAGGCCUGAUUCUUAUGAUUGAAUAGAUCUAGUUUUAAUAGUUACAGUUGAAUACGUUUAACUGUUUGCCUGAUUGAAAAGGUGUAUGUGUAAUUGUUAUGAUUGAAAAGAUCCUGAGUACGGAUCUAAUUGUUAUGUUUGAAUACUUUUCUUUGUAACUCUUUAUGAUUGUAUUAAAUACCAAGUCAAUGAAGAACAGCUGAUACUAGCUGUCCUUAUGUCGUGUAUCUAAAAGCAAUAUACAAACAUCGUUUUAUUCAACAGAA